GGUUUAAAGUUUUUAAUUGCCAGCUAGGGCUUCCACAAAUCUUACGGUACGCCCUCCCCCAAACACGCCUUUAUAGAUAGGCCUAAACGAUGUGUUAACGUCAUUUUUAUGUCCUGUCUCCUCUAUAAUAUGUUUCGCUAUAGAGGAGUUCUCACCAUGAAUGGGUUCUGAAGACUCCAUUUGUUUCUGGAGCCAUUUAGGAAAAUGCUGUGGAACCAGGUCUUACUUGCAGAGAUCGAUGAGUCCUCCCUAUGCAUGUGUGUGUGUUUGGCCACACGUACAUUCGAAUUGGUAAAUACAGUGGGAUGUGACAUGAUAUUUCGCAUGUUCGAAGGGCUUAGAUGGAUCGAUAUAUUGGCUUCACAUUCUCAGUUAUUAUUAUUAUUAUUAGCUGCACUAAAAGUGUUUUUAACAGCAGCGGGAAAAUCUAAAAUUCAAUUAAGUAAUCAAUAUGACCUGUUGCACAAGAGGUGGGGUCGCUCUCGUAGUCUAAGUGGUCUAGUGGAUAACGCUUUACCUGGCGUUUGAAACU